UGUGUGUGAGUUUGUAGCCCCUCCAGCUCCGAGCAGCAGCAGACCUGAAGAUAAACACCACUGAACUCAACUGUCCUUGCACAUUUUUCACUUUUUGUCUACAUCAUUUCAGACUCUUUCCUUGUCAUGCAUACUUCUCUCAUAAAGUAGGACUAGUAAAAGAAAAAAAGAACAGGAGUAGUUAUUAAAUUACUAGGUCUGUAAAAUAAAACAAACUACAGGCGGAAAGAAAUAGAAAAGCACUCUAGGACUCACUACAAAUCAGACGAUUGCCCGGAGUGGGCGUGGUUUACUGGAACGUCGCCGUGCACAUUUGUGGAAGCGCUGUGCCCACGCUAGUGAACUGCGUACUCGCAGUUAUCCUACCUAUGUAGUACCUUCGCCGGUUCUUCAUGAUGGCUGAUCUAUCUUGGAUAGGGACAUAUUUCACCCUCGUCAAAAGAAGCGAUGGCUACAUUACGGGCAUAGUUAACAACGAAGACGAGCUCAGAACGUUGCUGGAGAACUUCAAGAGGGCCACCCUCACAGCAUACAACAAAUGGUCUGACCACAUGUCAGAAAACUCCAAGGCUCGUCUACUGUGGCAAGUGGAGGACGAUUCUGACAACAUCCCUCUUUGUGUCACCCGGAGAAUUAUAUUGGCAUGUCAGCAUGGCAAGGGUUACAGCAGAAGAUCAAAGCAUGUGGAACAUGUUUACACCAACAAACGGUUUCAUGUUCGAAAAGGGAAGAAGGUGAACUGUCCAGCCAAACUUUUUAUUCGUCAAGUAACAAGAUUUGACACAUAUAAUGUCAAAGGGGACCCAUCCAGGGCCCAAAAAGAAGAUGCCAUGAAAAAGCUCAAACAAGACAUGGCCCAAGCAGACCCUCCACACUCAACAUUUAUCCACGAAAACUUCCACUUGUGGAAGCUCACCAAAAUCACACCAUUGGUGAGGCAGAGAGCAUGGUGGACGAUGGAUACCGAGGAAGAGAAGGCAACAUGGGCAGAUCUGAAAGAAAGGACAUCCAUUUGACACAGCUUGCAGUCAGAGAACAAUUAAAAAUAUUAACCAAUUUCUCAUAUCUAUGUGAAGACCUGGAGACUUUAACAAAAACUGCUGGAGCAUUAAAGGACAUUGUACAGUCUUGUGAAUCACAGUGCUGGGAAACAAAUGGGCUCAUAAACAAAAAAGAAGUUGUCAUCUUAAGGAAAGAAAAUCUUCGGCCACUGCCAAGGCAUAAAUUCAAAAACAAACUGUCCAAAAAGCGGAAGUGGAGCCAAGGUAAUGCUGUCAGCUACAUAAAACACAUUUGUUGAUUAAAAAAAAUAAAAAAAUCUUACCCAAGCAUGUGUCUUGUACCUUAGUGUGUUGAAUUAGGGAAACAUCUGGACUUGUGAAACAGUGCUUUAGAAUGUCUUAUUAUUAUUAUUAUUAUUAUUAUUAUUAUUAUUAUUAUUAUUACUACUACUACUACUACUACUACUUGUAGUUGUAUUGUCAUAGUUCAUCUUAAUGUUGUUUCAUUCAACAGCAUUUUCAAGUCCUCACUCCACCCCCAACCACCACCACUACCACCACCACCUCUAGAGGAGAACUCUCAGUCACAGAUCGUCUUUACACUACAUAAUGGACACAUUCAAUAUGCACACAUUAAACAGUGAACUUACUAUAUACUGUUAUUUUCAGUUUAGUUUCAUUCAAAAUUCAUCAUUCAUCCAUGUUUGUUGAAUAAUUCCUAUCUUUUUUGUGUGGAUUUUAUUAAUUCAUGUUCAGUAGACGAUACAGUAUCUAAUCAACCUCAGCUAUCAGAGCUGAUAUUAUUGUGUUUUUGUUUUCAGAUAAAAGCAGCUAAUACUUUGACAUUCAUGUUAAAUGUAAUUGUCAUUCAUUCUACUGUUAUUUUUCAUUUAGUUCAGUUAAAAAUCCCUUUUUCAUCCAUUUUGGGCAGUUACAUCAUAUAAUGAAUGGAUUAAACGUACCUCAUGUCAUUUCUGUCUUUUUGUGUGGGGGUUCAGUAGACGGUAUCUAUUUAGUUCAAUAUCUAAUCAAGUCCAGCAUUCAGAGCUGGUAUUAUGUUUUUGUUUUUAGAAAAAGCAGCUGAUACUUUGACAGUCAUGUGAAAUACCACAACAGAGAACUGCUGUCUCGUCAUUGUGAUUACCUAUACAAUUAUUUUUACUUUGGAAGCUGCAUUACAGAAGAUGGGUAUGAAACAUC